AUGCCGAAAGUGGUGUCCCGUAGUAUCGUCUGCAGCGACAGCAAGGCUGAGGAGGAAUACAGCGACGACAAGACACUGAACGUCUACUACUGUCUGUGCGGACAGUUGUCACUGAUUUUGGACACACCUAUGGAUCGGCUGCCGCUGCGACAGAAAGACAUGUCGCGUGUGAUCGAUAGUCAGCGACACGUCUAUAAGCUAUCGGUGGACAUGGAGGCAGCCGAAGACGUGGUAUAUCUGCGACGAGACGCAGGCGUCGAGAGGCAGUACCGGAGAGGGUGUCGCAAGUGUGGCCUAAGACUGGUCUACCAAUUGGAGCGCAAGUCGAGCGUAUACUUCGUAAUGAAUGGCGCGAUGGUGUCCAACACUCGGGACGCGUUGACUCGUAUGGCGACCUCCGCGGCGACCGCCGUCACGGAUCAGAAGCGAAAGAUCACCAAAAGGACCAAAGAUAUGGGCAAAUUCAGUUCAGUCACGGUCUCCACAGUGGACGAGGAGGAGGAUGAGAUCGAGGCCCGGGAGGUGGCCGACAGUUACGCCGCCAACGCCCGCAUCAUUGAGAAACAGUUGGAGAGGAAAGGGAUGAUUAAACGCAACAAAACCGAUGUCGUCGUCGAGGAGACCGCCGCUAAACCCAAACCCAAGGGUACGCUCAUCGACAAAGUCUUGUAG